AUGGAGGUGCCGAAUGAUUUGCUGCGGAGCUUGCACUUUGAGCGCCUGAGGCGGGCCAAGCCGGAAGAGGCCACAGACGAGGAGAAGCCUGCAAAGGCGGAGACAGCUCGCGCCUGGCGAAUAUCGUUGCAGGAGGUGGUGUGCUGCCAGCAUGGCCCCAAUGCUAGAUGCCUGCAGUGUAGCGGCCGGGCCAUUCCAGAUGUACCUGAGAGCGCCUAUGUCAGCUUCCAUGAGGCUUACGCAGAAGUGCCUCACUUCUUGCGGCCCAGCGACCAGGAAGUGCGCGCCCUGAAGGCUGGGCACGCCGGAAAGGGGCCCUGCCCUGCCAGGUGCCCCAGCGCAGUCUCGCUGCCGGAGAGAUCCACUUCUCCUCCUUUGCGGCCUUGGUGCAAGACCUGGGCUCAGGUGCUCGAUUCUUGGACCUGGGCAGUGGGACGGGGCGCGCUGUGGUGGCCUGGGCGUUGCUUAGGCCGGAGGGCCAUGCCACCGGCGUCGAGAUCCGUGAGUUGUUGCACCUUCAGGCCGCAGAGGUGGCAAAGCGAUUGCCGCCCGGUGUGCAGAGGCGCGUUCAGUUCCAUUGCGGCGAUCUCUUCGAGUACAACCUGGCAGACGCUGACGUCAUCCUGGUGA